AUGAAAGGAAGAAGUGGUAAAAAUUUAAAGAAUUUUUUGGCCAAGGGGUGGUGGCCGGCGGCGGCGGUGACGGCGGUGGCGGUAGCCGGCCGGCGCACACCCCAAAGUACCAUUAUAGCAACAGCUAGUGAUCCUCUAUGGGCUGAUGGAAAAAUAUGUGGAAAAACAUUUAAUCUAACAUGUACUGGACCAAAUCUAGUACCACACCCUUGUACUGGCAAGAGUAUUGUUGUGAAGAUUGUUGAUCAUUGUCCUGGAUGUGGUGGAACACUAGAUCUCUCUAAAGAGGCUUUUUCAAUCAUCGUGAAUCCUGUGGCCGGUAUUAUCAAGAUUGAUUACGUCUAUAAAAAUAAUUUUAUUCUCAUUAUUGGUCUUGUGGCAACUUUGUUCUCCCUAGCUUUGGCUACACCAGGGACUGCAACAUUUUAUACAAAAUAUGUUCCCUCAGCGUGUUACGGAAACAAGGCCCAAGGUACAAGAAUAGCAGCAGCUAGUGAUUCUCUAUGGGGUGGUGGAAAAAUAUGUGGAAAAACAUUUAAUGUGACAUGUACUGGACCAACAAAUCCAGUGCCACACCCUUGUACUGGCAAAAGUAUUGUUGUGAAGAUUGUUGAUCAUUGUCCUGGAUGUGGUGGAACCCUAGAUUUAUCUAAAGAAGCCUUUUCAACUAUUGCUAAUCCUGUGGCCGGUGUUAUCAAGAUCAAUUAUGUUCAGUAA